AGAAGACGAGAAAUCUAAUCUCAGAACCCAACAACACCUAGCAACAGUUGAAAAAACUUUUAAACAAAAGUCUGGGUGGGAGAUAUACAACAGCCUCCAAUUUCUGCUGAUCGGGAUUUCAGGGAGAAGAAGCUGCUUUCUUUCCCCUUCUCUCUACUCAGUUUCCUGCAUGACUUCAGCUAUUGGCCAGUCCUAGGAAAGAAAGUGGGAAAAGCUUUUUCCUCUGUAUUCUUUUGGGUUGGAUAGUUUUCCAGGACUCCAGUCUCUCUUGGGCUGUGGGACAAGCCACUGGGUUCUUCAAAGGAUAAACUACCUCCAUAAAGGACAUACUCUUGGUUAAACAAGCUGCCGUCAGGUGGGAAUGAGAUCCCGAAACCAGGGUGGUGAAAGUUCAUCCAAUGGGCAUCUCUCCUGCCCCAAGUCCUCUAUCAUCAGCAAUGCUGAUGAUAAAAGUUUCUCAGAAGAUGCAAAAAAGAAGAAUAAAUCAAACAGAAAGGAGGAUGAUGUCAUGGCCUCAGGAACUGUCAAACGACACCUAAAACCAUCUGGAGAAAGCGAGCGAAAGAAUAAGAAAUCCUUGGAGUUAUCCAAAGAAGACCUUAUACAGCUACUCAGUAUAAUGGAAGGAGAGUUGCAGGCCAGGGAAGAUGUGAUCCAUAUGCUGAAGACGGAGAAAACCAAGCCUGAGGUUCUGGAGGCUCAUUACGGGUCUGCAGAACCAGAGAAAGUGCUCCGAGUCCUGCACCGAGACGCCAUCCUAGCCCAGGAGAAAUCUAUAGGAGAAGAUGUCUAUGAGAAACCAAUUUCAGAGCUGGACAGACUUGAGGAAAAACAGAAAGAAACCUACCGGCGCAUGCUAGAGCAGCUGCUGCUGGCAGAGAAGUGUCACAGGCGCACCGUGUACGAGUUAGAGAGCGAGAAGCACAAACACACUGACUACAUGAACAAGAGCGACGACUUCACCAACCUGCUGGAGCAGGAGCGGGAGAGGUUGAAAAAGCUCCUUGAACAAGAAAAGGCUUACCAGGCCCGAAAAGAAAAGGAAAAUGCUAAGCGACUCAAUAAACUAAGAGAUGAGCUUGUGAAACUCAAGUCCUUUGCACUCAUGCUGGUGGAUGAAAGGCAAAUGCAUAUUGAACAACUUGGCCUGCAAAGCCAGAAAGUACAGGAUCUUACUCAGAAACUGAGGGAAGAAGAAGAAAAGCUCAAAGCCAUUACUUCCAAAUCCAAAGAAGACAGGCAGAAACUGCUCAAGUUGGAAGUGGAUUUUGAACACAAGGCUUCGAGGUUUUCUCAAGAGCAUGAAGAGAUGAAUGCUAAAUUGGCUAAUCAAGAGUCUCACAACAGGCAACUUAGACUCAAGCUGGUUGGCUUGACUCAGAGAAUUGAGGAACUGGAAGAGACCAACAAAAACCUUCAAAAGGCAGAGGAAGAACUUCAGGAAUUAAGAGAUAAAAUUGCCAAAGGGGAAUGUGGCAACUCCAGCCUUAUGGCUGAAGUGGAAAAUCUCCGGAAGCGCGUGUUAGAAAUGGAGGGUAAAGAUGAGGAGAUCACUAAAACUGAAUCCCAGUGCAGGGAAUUGCGGAAGAAGCUGCAAGAGGAAGAACACCACAGUCGGGAACUCAAACUUGAAGUCGAGAAGUUACAGAAGAGAAUGGCUGAACUGGAGAAAUUGGAGGAAGCAUUUAGCAAGAGUAAAUCUGAGUGUACCCAGCUACAUCUAAACCUGGAGAAAGAAAAGAACUUAACCAAAGACCUGCUAAAUGAGCUGGAGGUGGUCAAGAGUCGAGUUAAAGAACUGGAAUGUUCUGAAAGUCGAUUGGAAAAGGCUGAAUUAAGUCUAAAAGAUGACCUUACAAAGUUGAAGUCAUUUACUGUGAUGCUGGUUGAUGAAAGGAAAAAUAUGAUGGAAAAAAUAAAGCAAGAAGAGAGAAAAGUGGAUGGACUCAAUAAAAAUUUUAAGGUGGAACAAGGAAAGGUUAUGGAUGUAACUGAAAAACUAAUUGAAGAAAGUAAGAAGCUUUUAAAACUGAAAUCUGAAAUGGAGGAAAAGGUGUACAAUUUGACAAAAGAAAGAGAUGAGUUAAUAGGUAAACUGAAAAGCGAAGAAGAAAAAUCCUCUGAAUUGAGCUGCAGUGUUGACUUAUUAAAGAAGAGACUUGAUGGAAUAGAGGAAGUGGAAAGGGAAAUAACAAGAGGAAGGUCUCGAAAAGGAUCUGAGCUCACCUGCCCAGAAGAUAACAAGAUUAAGGAACUAACACUUGAAAUUGAGAGACUGAAGAAACGCCUCCAACAAUUGGAGGUGGUUGAGGGGGAUCUGAUGAAGACAGAGGAUGAGUAUGAUCAGUUAGAGCAGAAAUUUAGAACUGAGCAGGACAAGGCUAAUUUCCUCUCUCAACAACUGGAGGAGAUAAAGCACCAAAUUGCCAAAAAUAAAGCAAUCGAGAAAGGUGAGGCUGUGAGUCAGGAAGCAGAGCUGAGACACAGAUUUCGGUUAGAAGAAGCUAAAAGUCGAGACUUAAAAGCCGAAGUACAAGCUCUUAAAGAGAAGAUCCAUGAAUUAAUGAACAAAGAAGAUCAACUUUCUCAACUUCAAGUGGAUUAUUCUGUCCUUCAACAAAGAUUUAUGGAAGAAGAAAAUAAGAACAAAAACAUGGGGCAGGAGGUCCUCAAUCUGACCAAAGAGUUGGAGCUUUCAAAGCGUUAUAGCCGAGCUCUUCGACCCAGUAUGAAUGGGAGAAGAAUGGUGGAUAUUCCUGUGACGUCAACUGGAGUGCAGACUGACGCGGUGAGCAGUGAGGCGGCAGAGGAGGAAACACCAGCAGUAUUUAUACGGAAAUCCUUUCAAGAAGAAAAUCACAUCAUGAGCAAUCUUCGACAGGUAGGAUUGAAAAAACCUAUGGAACGAUCCUCUGUUCUAGAUAGGUAUCCUCCAGCAGCAAAUGAGCUCACUAUGAGAAAGUCUUGGAUUCCAUGGAUGAGAAAAAGGGAAAAUGGGCCCCCAAUCACUCAGGAGAAAGGGCCUCGAGCAAAUCCCAGUCCAGGGCACCCAGGAGAACUGGUCCUUUCACCAAAGCAAGGCCAGCCUCUGCAUAUUCGAGUGACACCAGACCAUGAGAAUAGUACUGCAACUUUGGAAAUAACAAGCCCAACAUCUGAAGAAUUUUUUUCUAGUACCACUGUCAUUCCUACCUUAGGGAAUCAGAAACCAAGGAUAACCAUUAUUCCAUCACCAAAUGUCAUGUCUCAAAAACCAAAAAGUGGAGAUGCUACUCUUGGCACAGAACGAGCCAUGUCCCCGGUCACGAUUACUACAUUUUCUAGAGAGAAGACCCCAGAAAGUGGAAGAGGUAUGUUUGCAGACAGGCCCACAUCCCCCAUUCAGAUAAUGACAGUGUCUACAUCAGCAGCACCAGCUGAGAUUGGAGUCUCUCCUGAAUCCCAGGAAAUGCCCAUGGGAAGGACUGUCCUCAAAGUCACCCCAGAAAAACAGACUCUUCCAACUCCACUACGGAAAUAUAACUCCAAUGCCAAUAUCAUAACCACGGAAGACAAUAAAAUUCACAUUCAUUUAGGUUCUCAGUUUAAACGAUCCCCUGGGACUUCAGCUGAAGGAGCAAGUCCAGUUAUUACUGUCCGACCUGUCAACGUGACAGCUGAAAAGGAGGUUUCCACAGGCACCGUCCUUCGCUCCCCUAGGAACCAUCUCUCAUCGAGACCUGGUGCGAGCAAAGUGACGAGCACUAUCACCAUAACACCGGUCACAACCUCAUCUACUCGAGGAACCCAGUCAGUGUCAGGACAAGACGGGUCAUCCCAGCGACCUACACCCACCCGCAUUCCUAUGUCAAAAGGUAUGAAAGCAGGAAAGCCAGUAGUGGCAGCCCCAGGAGCAGGAAAUCUGACCAAAUUCGAGCCUCGAGCUGAGACUCAGUCUAUGAAAAUAGAGCUGAAGAAAUCGGCAGCCGGCAGCGCUACCUCUCUUGGAGGGGGGAAGGGCUGAGGGCAGUGGCUGAGGGGAAAGCAUCGUCAUUCACCAGUUACGAAUGAACUCCAGAUGAAAUGGUAAACCAAGCACAUACUGGGUGUGUGUACUUCCUCUGAAUCCCUGUUGAAUGAAUAGUAUUUCUACAGCCCUUCAUCAUCACUAAGGUCCUCUGUGCUACUGAUCACUACUGGGAAUAAUUUUCUACUUCCAGUGAUUUUUUUUUUUUGAAGAUAUAAUGUAAAAGCUGAAAAUGGCAUUGCUGAUAAUAUGAAAAUAGGUAGCAAGAGCAAUUCACUCUUUGUGUCAAAAUAAAUUUCUCUGCCUUUUGUAAAGCUUUCAGGUCCAUGGGCACAUGCUAUGUAAUUUAUUUUUAUAAUAUACUCUGUAAUGUGAUUUUUUUCCUAAAGUGUUUCCUUUUUCGUAGUCUAUGGCACAUAUACCUGUAGAAUACACUGUCAGUUAUUCAAAGUAUUGGUACUGGUGCAUUCAAAAUGGAAACCUAUAAGUAUUUUCCUUUAUCAAUUUGUUAUUUUUCUGAAGGAAAAGAAAGUACAACACUCUAUAUAUUUCCUGGGGUAAAUUCAAAACAUAAAAUAGAAGCAGGAGAUUCUAGAAGAGAUUUUAUUAUUGCUGUACAAUACUGUGUCUGAUCAUGGCUCCACAGUAAUAACGCUGAUUUAAGAGUUUAAUUUUAAAUACCUAGAGCCAGUUUUAAAAGUUGCUCUUUCUAGUGUUCUGUGCCAAAACCCCUGGAUGAAUUGAAUUUCAUACGGAACAAAUUAAUAAAAGGAGAUAUGUAAGUUUAACCAGUAAGCGUUAUGGGAAUUGCUUUGACUGACAGUUCAAUUAUAUUUCUGUUUUCAUUAUUUGCUUAUAUAUACAAGACUUAUAUUAAGGACUGUGAUAUCAAGAUAUUUCUCACAGUCUGCCCAAAUGAAAGCCCGAAAAAUAAAAAAUGACCUAGGUAAUAUCUGCAUCUUUUAAAAAAAUGGUAAGAGAAAUCUCAUGAUAGAUAACAUUUUUUUUCUUGAUAGGUAGGAUUUAGAUAUUUUUUCAUAACUGCAUAUAGGUUGCAGAAUAUAUUCUUUAAAGAUAAAAGCACAAUGUGCUUUACUCAAAUCUCAGUGUCAGAGCUGCUGUCGAAUUUAGGUUUAUGGAAAAAUGUGCAUCUAAAGUCUACUUGAAAACCUAAUAACACAGGUUUUUAAAAAAAGACUUUGCUAACGUGGAUAUGUUUUCAAUAAGGUGUUUAAAAAGAUAACUUUAAAGGUAAAUGAAGAAUUGACAUACUAGUUUCUGAAUGUAGAAAUCAUAUAUCAUGUAACUCUACUGAGAUUAAAGAAAGAAUGCUUCCCAGUGUCACAUGAAUACCUAAAAACCAUGCAAACAACACUGUUGGCUCAUUUCUCUGGUUGACAGGUUGUAUCCAGGUUAUAAGCCCAUAGAGGUGAGUCCACAAUGAGUCCCUGGAAUAGAAAAAUUAAUUUGACUUCUUCCCCCUAGGUACCUUUGGAAGGUUUUAAGGUAUACUUUGUGGAAUUAGCAAUCAUAUUUGUAGAUAUUAUAAAUUAAAUUAUAUUUUAUGUAAAAUUAGUUUGAUUUUUGUAAGUAAAAGAAAUGCUAUGGUAGGCUUGUCCUAGCUUGAAUGAUUGUGAAAGUAUCACAUAUCCUUCGGAGCUUUUGAUUAACGAUUAAGCAAACUAGAGUGUGUAUGUGUGAAGAUUUUAAAAACUGUUGCUAGGAAUUUUGUUUUCUGAAAAUGUUUCUGAACUGUAAAGGCAUUUUCAAUUAGAAAAGGGUUUUAUCUUGUAUUGUUAUCUUUUUUUGACACACAGUUAAGUUACAUAUUUGCCCAUGGUUAUACUUCUGAUGGCAAAAUAUUCUGAUGUAUCACAAAUUAGCAUUUGAAGCAAUAACUUUUUCUCAACUUGUGGGAAUUUUAUUAAGCUAACAGUUAAAAGGCUAGAGAAUGAGACUUUACCUCUGGAAUUUAAAAUAUUACAAGUAAUUCACUUGGAUCUGAAGUUUUAAUUUCUCUUGACUUUAUAAUAAAAUUUGGUACUUGCGAUGCAAAGUAUGGUGGUGCGAUCAGAGUCACUUAGAUGGAUGCUGAGACCUUUUCUGCUCAUGCUGUGAUUAAGUCCUCUAUGCAAACCUAAAUGGAAUCUGAGUGACAGAUGAGUAAAACUAAUAAAAAUUAAUAAAAAAAAUUGUUCUGAAACAAAAAAAUAUUAAAAAUUAACAGAAAAGUGAAAACACCAACUAGUUGUAUCCUUAUCUAAUGAAUAAACAAAUAAGAUCAUAAAUAGUCUUAUCCCAAUAUCCACAUCCAGUUGAAAAAAAUUGCCUCCACGUGCAACCCUGGAACCAUCCUAGACUCACAUAAUUUCUAUAUCUUUCAUUGUAAGUAAAUCUCCAAUCAUCAAUAUGAAAGAUAAUCAGUUUUGAAUGGAAGAAUUGUAUUUUCUGAAAUGAUUCCAGUUUAAAGUGCAACAAUUGAACUACCCAUUAUUUUACCCUUUUUUUUUUGAUAAGAGCAUUUUUUGAGGUAUCUUCUGUAGAGAUUUUUUGAGGUAUCUUCUGCAGACAGUGGAUAAAUUUUCCAGAUGAUAGAUGCCUAGAAUGUUCACAAAAUGUGAAGAAUUAAUUGUCUCUUAGGACAACCAUAAAAAAAAAAAUUCAUGAUGUG